ACUGCUGAAUAUGUGCCAGAAAAAGUGAAGAAAGCUGAAAAGAAACUAGAAGAAAAUCCAUAUGACCUUGACGCUUGGAGCAUUCUCAUUCGAGAGGCACAGAAUCAGCCUAUAGACAAAGCACGGAAGACCUAUGAACGCCUUGUUGCCCAGUUCCCCAGUUCUGGCAGAUUCUGGAAACUGUACAUUGAAGCAGAGAUUAAAGCAAAAAAUUAUGACAAGGUGGAAAAGUUAUUUCAGCGCUGCCUUAUGAAGGUUUUACACAUUGAUUUAUGGAAAUGUUACCUUUCCUAUGUACGAGAAACCAAGGGGAAGCUACCUAGUUACAAAGAAAAAAUGGCUCAGGCAUAUGAUUUUGCUCUGGAUAAGAUUGGCAUGGAAAUCAUGUCAUACCAGAUCUGGGUGGAUUACAUCAAUUUUUUGAAAGGCGUAGAAGCAGUAGGAUCUUAUGCAGAAAACCAGAGGAUCACAGCUGUCCGUAGGGUUUACCAGCGUGGUUGUGUCAACCCCAUGAUAAACAUAGAGCAGCUCUGGAGAGAUUAUAACAAAUAUGAAGAGGGCAUCAAUAUUCACUUAGCCAAGAAGAUGAUCGAGGACAGGAGUAGAGAUUACAUGAAUGCACGACGAGUGGCAAAGGAAUAUGAGACGGUGAUGAAGGGCCUGGACCGCAACGCUCCCUCCGUGCCCCCACAAAACACCCCCCAGGAGGCUCAGCAGGUGGACAUGUGGAAGAAGUACAUCCAGUGGGAAAAGAGCAACCCUCUACGAACAGAAGAUCAAACUCUGAUAACAAAAAGAGUGAUGUUUGCCUAUGAGCAGUGUCUCCUGGUGCUGGGCCAUCACCCAGACAUCUGGUAUGAAGCAGCUCAGUACCUUGAGCAGUCCAGCAAGCUGCUGGCUGAGAAAGGGGACAUGAACAAUGCUAAACUUUUCAGUGAUGAGGCUGCUAAUAUUUAUGAAAGAGCGAUCAGCACUUUAUUAAAGAAGAAUAUGCUUCUUUAUUUUGCAUAUGCAGAUUAUGAAGAGAGCCGGAUGAAGUACGAGAAGGUGCACAGCAUCUACAACCGGCUCCUGGCCAUCGAGGACAUCGAUCCCACGCUGGUUUAUAUCCAGUACAUGAAAUUUGCAAGGCGAGCAGAAGGCAUUAAAUCCGGAAGGACGAUAUUUAAGAAAGCGAGAGAGGAUGCCCGGACCCGCCACCAUGUCUAUGUUACUGCAGCUUUAAUGGAGUAUUAUUGUAGUAAGGAUAAGUCUGUGGCCUUUAAGAUUUUUGAGCUAGGGCUGAAAAAAUAUGGGGACAUUCCAGAAUAUGUACUGGCAUAUAUCGACUACCUUUCCCACCUUAAUGAGGACAACAAUACAAGAGUUUUGUUUGAACGUGUUUUAACUUCAGGGAGCCUUCCACCUGAGAAAUCUGGGGAGAUCUGGGCUCGGUUUUUAGCCUUUGAAAGUAACAUUGGGGAUCUGGCCAGCAUCCUGAAGGUGGAGAAACGCAGGUUUACAGCCUUCAAGGAAGAGUAUGAGGGCAAAGAAACAGCUCUGCUGGUGGACAGGUACAAAUUCAUGGAUCUGUACCCUUGCUCUGCCAGCGAGCUGAAGGCCCUUGGUUAUAAGGAUGUCUCCCGUGCCAAGCUAGCAGCAAUAAUUCCAGACCCUGUGGUUGCACCUUCCAUCGUGCCUGUUCUCAAGGAUGAAGUAGACAGGAAACCCGAAUACCCCAAACCAGACACCCAGCAGAUGAUUCCAUUCCAGCCAAGACACUUAGCACCUCCAGGUUUACAUCCUGUCCCAGGCGGGGUAUUUCCUGUUCCACCAGCAGCUGUAGUUCUCAUGAAGCUCCUGCCACCUCCUAUUUGUUUUCAGGGUCCCUUUGUUCAAGUGGAUGAGCUCAUGGAGAUAUUCAGAAGAUGCAAACUGCCAGACACUGUUGACGAAGCUGUGCGGAUAAUCACGGGCGGCCUGCCCGAGAUCGCUGUGGAGGGCAAUGGACCUGUGGAAAACAACACCAUUCUCAACAAGGCCGUGAAGAGAUCACACGAGGAUUCUGAUGAUGAUGAGGAGAAAGGAUCUGUAGUUCCCCCUGUACAUGACAUUUACAGAGCACGACAGCAAAAGAGAAUCCGGUGAAACAAGUUUGGAGUUCUGCUGUGACAGACAAAGACUUGCAUUGAAUCAGUCUCUUAAAAGUCAAGCAUUUAAAAGGGACAGCUGCAAACAAAAAAAAUCCUUGAACAUGGUUUUGUUACUGUGGUGCCUCUUCUCCCAUAUGGUUCUUGAUCUGAAAACAGCCCGAACAACCUUAGAAUGUGCUCUGAACAAAACUCGGUUUUCAAAACCAAAAGUGCAAAAUGUCAAAACUGUAUUUUGUUCUUCGGGGGUGUACACAUCUACCACUUGAACUCUUGUGGGUUUUCAACAGUUUUAUUUUAAAAACUGGAUGGCUUAUACUUGUGAAGCAUUUUUAAUUCACAUUUUCUGGAAAACAGUUGUUCUCAGUUUGUUCAUGUAGUGUCCUGCCUUAUUGUUCGUUUUUAUUUAUGGCAGAAUGUAAGGAAUCUGUUUUGUAGUUGAAAAUUUAAAAAUAAAACAACAACAAAAGACCAUUCCUUUAAAAUAAAAGGAUAGCCAUAACAUCAUGCCUCAUUCUGGUUUUAUUCAAACACAACAAGGUACUUCUUAAAUAUUACUCAGCCACUUCAAAAGCAAUGCUAAUUAUACCGUCACAGGAAAUUGAUCAGAGCAUACAUAUUAGAAUGGAGCUUGCUUUCCAUUUUCUAGAGGAUACAGCACACUUUGGCUUGUAAUUCCAGGACUGUUUGAAGAAGACAGCAUUGUAAGACUAACUCAGUUCAGUGUGGGUAAUCCAGGAGCACUGGCUCACACAGCCUGGUCCUGGAUACCUGCACUGCUCUUCCACAUAAUGCACAAAGCUAAAUGUUAAUAAUCAGCUACAUCCUUGCACUUAUCUUCAAACAAGCUAAAGAAACACUAUGUGAGCUUUCCAAGCAGUUUCUAUGCCUACUUCAGCUUUGAACUUGGAAUUGGCUGUGAUAGCAUUGACUCUGAUAAGAUCCUAAGAACCCUUGGACUAGAGGGCAGAGCCAUUCCCAGCACAGCGGCCCCAGGGCUCCUCUGCCUGGGCAAGGGGAGGCAGCAGCUGCCCCAGGAGCCGGGGCUGGCCUUGGCCAUCCUGGAAUGUCCUCCUUGCUUUGCCACUCAAUGGCAGCUCCCUGUUUCUCUAGAGAGGAUGUAGAGAUGUUUGUCAAACGCUCUCCUUAAAUAGAACAACCUGGGAGAAUCAUUACCUUGCACUUGUGGGAAGUUAUUGCAGUUCCAUUAGGUCCUUCCUGUUGAAAGGCCCCCAGCACCUGUGCCAGGGGCAUUUGUUCCUUUGUGUGGAGCCAGGUGAGUACUGCACUCUGUUCCCUCUUUCUAGGACCUUCCUGCUACACAAAGGCUUAGGAUCAAACCCAUGCUGUGAUUGAGCUGGGAUUCCCUGUGUGGGCCUGACCCCUGAAUCCCAGCCCUGGGAGCAGCCAUCUCCUCAGUCAGGGUUUUAUCCAUUGCUAGAGCAGUGCCUGCACCCUGCCAUCAGUCACACACCUUUCAAGGGCUUCUCUUUGUCCUCCCCACACCCUCAAGCUCACCCUGUGCCUCUAAAGGCAGCUCCUGGGCAGGACUAAUGAUAAAACAACAGCAGCACCUCCUAAGCUGUGCAGCUGUCAUUGAGGAAAUGGAAACAGCUGUGCCUGGUUAUCAUGUGCCAUCAUCCCCAGCAGUGAGGGAGGGCUCUGGUAGCUCCCUGAGCACAGGCUGAGGGAGCUGGUGCAGCUGCAGAGCUUCAGGCUGUGAUGGCAGCACAGCCUGCUCCAAUAGCAAAGCCCAGCAAGCUGAGGCAGCAGCCUUGAAGGCCUCUGUAGAACCCUUUGCUGAUCCAAACAGUGAAAUAGAUCCUACUCAGAACCCUUUUUUUUUCUGGCUAACCAACCUCAUUUUUGAGUUCUCAAAGGAGGAUUCACAGACAUUCAUUUGGCCAAGAGAAAAAUCCCUUGUCUGAGCUGAUGAACUCUCACAGGGUUUUUCCCUUGGGGAAGGGGCUUUGUAAUGCAUGAGAAAAGAUUUGGUUUAGAGUUGCAUAGGCUAAUAUAGGAAAAAAGGUCUGAUUUCUCCCAUCCCCCUCCAAACACAAAGUUGGUGCAGCUUUAUCCACACUGACAUUCAAAGGAAACUGGAAAGGGAAGCAUCAACAGUGGAUCAUAAUCGAGUGCUUCUGCAAGUUCUGUUUGGCUGAUUCCUAAAUUAACCUGCCUGCUGGCAAUACAAGGGCCCUUCACUCAUUUAUUUCACCUACCUUGUUGUUUUUUUUAAAGACAGCACGUUCUGGUUUGGACAACCUCAUACUUGGGCCACUUACUGUGAGUAACUACAAACUUUGCUCUCACAAAACCAUCAAAUAUUGAUUACUGAAAUACACAGUUGUGCUCAACCAGAGGAAAAUGUCACUUACCUCCCAGCUGAGCCUGAGAUUGCAAUGUAAGAUCACUGGGCUCUUCUCCUCUCUACAACAUGUAGCUUAUUAAAUUCGAGACCUACAAAUAUUCUAAGUUUCAAGAACACAUCUAGAAAGUGAAAAAAUCUACUAAAAUAUUCCCUGUAUAUUCAAACUAACAUCAAACCAUUCACCUCCCACAGUACAUUAAAAUCACUGAUACUGCCCACAGUGCCCUGCACGUAACAUUUUUGAAGACAUGAUUGAAUAUGCAACCAUCCCCUGUUGUAGUUUUUAAAAAAGCCAAAAAUUUUCAACCUAAAGUUUCACACACUUUAAAUCCACCUUCUGCAAAUGAGAAUUUACUUUAAAAUUAGUAUUUCACCUAAAAAGGAGUAAAUUACUAGCAAAAGAAAAGAAGGUAAGAAAUGCCACUUUUAUCAAAAUGUUUUAGCUCUGCCCUUUCUGAAAUCUUUACAAGAUAUAAAUACAGCUGCAAUCUAUAAGAUUGCCACCUCUGGGAGUACUGUACAUAGCAGAGGACAGUUACCCAAUAACCAGAAAAUUUGCUACAAAAAUAUAUUAUGUUUUGUAACAUCUGCAGGUAAACAGCAAAAAAAUGCUAUUAAAAAUGCAGUAAAAUACAGAAAAACUAGUAAGCCUACCAUACUCACCAUAAUGUUACAGUAAAGUGCUGCUUGGCUUGGUGUUUUGUCUGGUAAAGUUCAUCUUUAGAAUUUUAACUUAAUUAAUUCUUUAAAGUAAGAUUUAAAAAA